GUCUACUCACACUCCUACUCUGCCCCUCAAAAAACCAAUUUCACCAUUUCUUACUUUCUUUCUCUCCUCUGUCACAUUAAAAUAAAAACAGAGCAAAAAUUCCUCUCUUCUCUCUCUUCCCUUUUUCCUCUUUAGCUCAAAAAAAAUUAUGAAGCACAAAGAAUCUCAAUAGCUUCUUCUUCUUCUUCUCUCAAAAACCCAAAAAUGAAAAAUCUUUUGUAAUACCCAGAAAAAAAAUUUGACCUCUUUUUGUGUGUUUUUGUUAAUGGCAGCUUCAGAAGCAGCUCAAGAGGUUGUACUUUCAUGGCUAAAAACCCUACCUUUAGCCCCAGAGUACCACCCCACACUCUCCGAGUUCCAAGAUCCGAUUUCCUACAUUUUUAAGAUCGAGAAAGAGGCUUCCAAGUAUGGAAUCUGCAAAAUCGUCCCUCCAGUGCCUCCAUCGCCGAAGAAGACCGCGAUUUCGAACUUGAACCGGUCUCUAUUGGCCCGAAACCCCGAUUCCGACCCGAAAUCCGCCCCCACAUUCACGACCCGGCAGCAGCAGAUCGGGUUCUGCCCGAGGAAGCCCCGACCCGUGCAGAGGCCCGUUUGGCAGAGCGGCGAGUGGUACACGUUUCAGGAAUUCGAGGCCAAAGCGAAAGCGUUUGAGAAAGCGUAUUUGAAGAAAUGUGGUGGUGGUGGUAGCGGUGGUGGGAAUGGGAAUGGGAAGAAAACGACGCCGCUUUCGGCUUUGGAAAUCGAGACCCUUUACUGGAAAGCCACUGUGGACAAGCCUUUCAGGGUUGAGUAUGCUAACGACAUGCCCGGCUCGGCUUUCGUGCCAUUGAGCUCGAAGAAGAGCAAGAUUAGUAGUAGCAGUGAGGGUGUGAGCUUGGGAGAGACUGCUUGGAAUAUGAGAGGGGUGUCGAGGGCUAAUGGGUCGUUGUUGAAGUUCAUGAAGGAGGAGAUUCCAGGGGUUACUUCGCCGAUGGUGUAUGUGGCUAUGAUGUUUAGUUGGUUUGCUUGGCAUGUGGAGGAUCAUGAUUUGCAUAGCUUGAAUUACUUGCACAUGGGUGCCGGGAAGACGUGGUAUGGCGUGCCCAGAGAGGCUGCUGUCGCGUUUGAGGAGGUGGUUAGAGUUCAUGGUUAUGGUGGAGAGAUCAAUCCUCUUGUUACUUUUGCAACUCUGGGGGAGAAGACCACAGUGAUGUCACCUGAAGUAUUUAUCAGUGCAGGCGUUCCGUGUUGCAGGUUAGUGCAAAAUGCUGGGGAAUUUGUUGUCACUUUCCCAAGAGCCUAUCAUACAGGGUUCAGUCAUGGGUUUAAUUGUGGGGAGGCAGCUAAUAUUGCCACUCCUGAAUGGUUGAGGGUUGCUAAAGAUGCUGCUAUUCGAAGAGCUUCUAUCAAUUAUCCUCCCAUGGUGUCUCAUUUCCAGUUACUUUAUGAUCUUGCACUGGCAUUACAUUCAAGAAUGCCUAUGGGCAACAGUGCUGGACCAAGAAGUUCACGCCUAAAAGAUAAGAAAAAGGGAGAAGGAGAAACAGUGGUUAAAGAGCUAUUUGCGCAGAAUGUAGUACAGAACAAUGAACUGCUUCACAUUCUUGGAAAAGGAUCUUCCAUUGUCCUUCUUCCACGAAGUUCUUCGGACAUAUCUGUUUGUUCUAAAUUACGUGUUGGAUCCCAGUUAAGAGUAAACCCCACGCUGACCCCUGGUUUAUGCAGUUCUAAGGAAGCGAACCAGGGAAUUGGGCAAGUUAAAAAUUUUCUUCCAGUGAAAGGAAAGUUUGGCUCUUUUUAUGAGAGGUUUGAUAAUAUAUGCUCCUCGAAUUCUAAGACACUGAAUACAGACAGUGAAAGAGGAAGUACAGCUCAAGGUGAUGGGUUGUCAGAUCAGAGACUCUUUUCAUGCGUCACAUGUGGAAUUCUAAGCUUUGCUUGCGUUGCUAUUGUUCAACCAAGAGAUGCAGCUUCUAGAUACCUUAUGACCGCUGAUUGUAGCUUCCUUAAUGAUUGGACUGUGGGUUCUGGAAUAACUGGUAAUGGGUUCACUAUUGCUAAUGGAGAUGCAAUUACUUCUGAUCAGAAUACUCAUCCAGGAUGGAAGGAGAAAAGUAUCCCGGAUGGUUUGUAUGAUGUCCCUGUUCAAUCUCAUGAUGGCCAACGUCAGAUGGAAGAUCAAAGGUAUGAAGUGGUUUCAAAUACUGAGACACAGAGAGAGCCGUCCGCUCUUGGCCUAUUAGCUAUGACUUAUGGAAAUUCGUCUGACUCUGAGGAUGAUCAGGGUGAACCAGAUUUUCCUGCAUGUGCAGAUCAAAAAAAGUUGACAAAUAGUUCGUCAGAAAGUAUAUACCAGUGUGAUAAUUCUGGUUUGCCCUCUAUGCAGGACUGCCCCCAAGGUGCAACUGGGGUUCGCAGUCCCUCUCUAUCAAGACAUGGUGUUGAGGAUGGAAGUAAUCAAACUUCUGACUGCUCUGCUGAGUUUAGAACAGAUGAUCUUGCUUCCAGAAGAUCAGAUGGAUUGAUGGAUACAUUUAGUGAUCCAAUUACAGUAUCACAUGUUUCUUCUGAUUGUUCUCUGGAUGUCCAUGAUGUUGAUCAAACAAAGUUUGGCAAGGAAAAUGUACCGAGAGAGAAUAAAAAUAUGUCAUUUGCUCCAAGAUCUGAUGAAGACUCUUCUAGAAUGCAUGUCUUCUGUCUCGAGCAUGCCAAAGAAGUAGAAAAGCAACUUCGUCCAAUAGGAGGAGUGCAUAUAUUGCUCCUUUGUCAUCCAGACUAUCCCAAGAUAGUGGAUGAUGCAAAGUCGCUGGCAGAAGAAAUGGGAAUUGAUUAUCCCUGGAACAAUAUCACAUUCAGGGAUGCCACCAAAGAGGACGAGGAUAGGAUCCGGUCAGCUCUGGAUAGCCAGGAAGCAAUUCCUGGGAAUGGAGAUUGGGCUGUAAAGCUGGGUAUCAAUCUCUUUUAUAGUGCCAACCUCAGCCGCUCUCCUCUUUAUAGUAAGCAGAUGCCUUACAAUUCUGUUAUAUAUAAUGCAUUUGGCCGUUGUUCUCCGGCUAGCUCUCCCAGAAAAGCUAAAGUCUAUAGGAGGAGAUCCGGCAGACAGAGAAAAGUGGUGGCAGGGAAAUGGUGUGGGAAAGUCUGGAUGUCACAUCAGGUUCAUCCCUUCUUGGCCAAAGGGGAUUCUGAUGAUGAAGAAGAAGAAGACAUGAGCUUCCAAACUUGGACAAUGACAGAUGAGAAGUUUGAGAUAAAAUCAGAAAGUACCCAUAAAAGUGAAACCACCAUGGUUGCCAGAAAAUAUGGUAGGAAGAGAAAGAUGACAGUAGAAAGUGGGUCUGCCAAAAAGGCUAAAUUUAUUGAUAGAGGAGAUGCAUUUUUUGAUUAUUCAGUGGAAGAUAAUUCUCAUCAGCAGGGUAGGACCCUUAGAGGCAAGCUGGCCAAAUCUAUAGAGAGAGAUGAAGCAGUUUCAGAUGAUUCAUUGGAUAAUUAUUCUCAUGAGCUGCAAAGAAGGGCCUCUAAAAGCAAGGAAGCCUUUUUUGAUGAGAGAGAAGAUGCAGUUUCUGAUGAUUCACUGAUGGAUGAUUCUCAUCAGCAGCAUAGGAGGAUUCAUAGGAGCAAGCAAUCAAAAUGUUUUGACAAAGAAGAUGCAGUCUCAGAUAGUUCACUAGGGCAUAAUUUUCAUCAGCACAAUAGGAGGAUUGUUAAAAGCAAGAUUGGGAGAGAAGCAUUUUCUGAUGAUUCUCUUGAGGGUAAUUCUCAUCAGCAGAUCAAGAGGUAUAAUAGAAGGAAUCAAGCCAAAUGUAUCGAGAGAGAAGAUGCAGUUUUGGAUGAUUCACUUGGGGUUAAUUCACACAAGCAGCACAGGAGGCUUCCUAAUAUCAAGCGAGCCACAAGCAUUGAGAGAGAAGAUGCAGUUUCGGAUGUUCCACUGGACGAUGAUUCUCAUCAGCAGCAUAGGAGGAUUCUUCGAAGCAAGCCAAUGAGAGUAGAAAAUAGUCAGACUAUGAAGAAAGGGCCCCCCCGCCGUGUGAAAAAAGGGACCUCUUGGGCUACAAAACAGGUGACCCGUCGGCCAAUCAAAAAAGAGAGCCCUCAGCUAAUGAAACAACAGACUCCUCGACUUCGAAAUAAUCAGAGUGAACGGAAUUCUAGUCAUAUUGGCUUAUUAGUUGAAGAGGACCAAGAAGGUGGACCAAGCACACGCCUCAGGAAAAGAACCAAAAAGACCGUGAAAGAGUCUGAAGCUAAACCAAAAGCAAAGAAGCAAGCUAGUAGGAUAAAAGCUAGAAAGAAUGCUUCAGCUGUGAAGGCUCCAGCUGGACACAAUGAUCCAAAAAUAGGGGACGGGGAAGUAGAAUUCCUGUGUGACAUUGAGGGGUGUACCAUGAGUUUUGGCUCAAAACAUGAGCUUGUCUUGCAUAAGAGAAAUGUCUGUCCAGUCAAGGGCUGUGGAAAGAAGUUCUUCUCCCAUAAAUAUCUGGUGCAGCAUCGUCGAGUACACUUGGAUGAACGGCCUCUUAGGUGUCCUUGGAAGGGCUGCAAGAUGACAUUCAAGUGGGCAUGGGCUCGAACUGAACAUAUUAGGGUUCACACAGGUGCUCGUCCUUAUGUGUGUGGUGAGCCAGGCUGUGGGCAGACAUUCCGAUUUGUGUCAGAUUUCAGUCGUCACAAGCGGAAGACAGGUCAUUCAGCAAAGAAGGGAAGGUAGUAAUUCAAUGGAACAGGGAUGUAAUUUACCAUUGCUAGCAAAUAUGUUGUUCAAUUGACAGGGUUAGGGAUAGGUUUAAAGAUAGGGUUAGGAUUUCCCUGUAAUUGCCAUUCAGAGCAACUGUAACAAUUCUGUUUGCCUGGUGUCUUCAUUGGACCCAGUUAUUUGCUGCAACCAGAGCAAUUGCUUGGAUGCUCAACAUUCUUCUCCAGUCAAUGUCUGUCACAUUCUAACCCUGGUAACCAUAACUACAUAAUCAAUGUGUUGAAAAAUAGAACUAA